UCAAGGCAGCUGGACUCUGUUGAGACCAACUCGUCCAGACCGAGGAAAGUUCACGUUCAACUACCUAAAUAGUCAGGUAAAAAAAGUUAAAAAGGGUCUUGAGUUGUACAGCCCUGACCCAUAGACAUACAGGAUGAAUAGGAUAAUAAUGACAAUACAAACAUACAAUACUACAGAUAGCUUGAGAUUAAUAAUUGGUGGCCAAUUCAGGGAAUGAUGACAUUCCCUGAUGGGCAUAUAGCCAAGGACCGUUUGGCUGUGAGUCAGACACCCGUGUGUUUGACUCACCCACCGUACUGUAGAACUGCUAAUUGGAUCACAUGGUCCUGCUGAAUUAACUGUGACGACGGGCCAACCACAUCAGAGCAGUACAUACUACAGCAUGUCAUCGGCCCUGCGGGAAUUUGUUGGUCUGGCGAGGUGCCAACGAUCAGUCAGUAGGAAAUUGUGGCGAUGAGCGAUGAGGUCAGCGGAGGCAAACAAGAGUGCGGGUUAUGGGAACUACGUCCAAUCAGAUCGAGCUCCGAUGGAGGCAUCUGCCCAAUUUCGAUUGGCCCUGACUCUCAAUCGUGCAAUGGAUCAGACACAAACUUCUCAAUGCCGAUACAUCAACCACACACACACACACACACACACACACAACGACACACACACACACAAGACAAACAGUGGAGUACACAAUCACAAGACAUGAAGUGGAGUACGCGAAGAGGGACGCAAUCAUGAAACACACACAAGUUAGUUCACUAACACACACACAUUGUGUUCAAAAUGUAAAUUUUUGACCUACAUACGAGGGGCUGUAUAAUCAUUUGCAGGUUGGCACGGUAACCACAUGAAGCACCCUGGAAAGCAGAAACAGAUGGGAGCUGUUUUUCACUCUUUCUACACAAGCACACUCCCACAGUUUUCCUGCUCUGUAAUAUUUCAUGUUUUAUAUAAGAAACAAAUAUGAAUCAGUAUUUUGCUCCCUGGUCUUAAGUAGAUCAAUAGUGUUCCUCAAUCAUAGAAUGUCUGGAGAAAGGUUGUAUUAGGUUGGAAGAGCUUGAAACUAGAGCAAUACACACACACACACACACACACACACACACACACACACACACACACACACACACACACACACACACACACACACACACACACACACACACACACACACACACACACACACACACACACACACACACACACACACACACACACAAUGCAUAUCUCCCACAGUGUUGUUUUGGCCCCAAGCACCCAACUCAAUAUUACAUUAUCUCAAAGGAAGCUUAUUCCGUUCCAAGGCCCUCACACAGAGUGCUCUCUGUCUCUCUCCCUUUCUCUCUCUUCUCUCUCUGUCUCUCACUCCGUCUCUCUUUCUCUCUCACACAAAACGUUGAGGUACGUCAUCGAGGUACAUCAUCAAAUACAAAUGCUAAUUCACAAUACACAAUACACAUUAAACAGUGUUUAACUGUUCGAAACCCUUCGAAACAUAAAUUACAACUUGAUGUACUGCGUAUGAUAACAGCUUGAGACAGCCACACGCUACUGUCUCGUUACCCUCGGGUUUAGGUCCACGCAUAAGUUAGGGUUCGGCAAACCCUGAAAUGAUACGCAUGGUUAAUAGAAGGUCCCUGAGUGACGCAGCGUGUUAGAAAACAUGUCAGGGUCAAUAAUGAGGAUGAUGACGUUGGUGACGAUGAAGCUGAGUCACUCGUCCCUCGCGAGGGGAAACCAGUUGAACUGGGUGACUGGGAGGCUUCCAGUACAAACCGGGGGGUUAACCAAUCAUCAUCAUCAUCAUCAUCUUCUAUUACAUCUUCAGCCCAUGUGGAGCAGGGAUCUUUCUGGCGACGACGUGAUUUAGGGUCGAUGGUCGUCUUUUGUACCGUUUUUUCUCUACGGCAAACUCUACGGGUAAGAAAACAAUUUAAAACUCGUAGAUUAUCUUAAUGCUGUUAAACUAUCAAUGCAAUUAUCUGAAAUUGAACAGGCACAGAAAUUAUGAAAUAAAUAGAAAACCUCUGGACAGCAAGUCUGGCGGGUCAAUCUAAAGUUUGAGCAUGAACUCAUUGACCUUGGUGGUGACCCUGGAUGUAACACUGAUCUGAACCAGAUUUCAGAGGGACUCUUAUCUAGUGCUGACGUCCAUGCGAGGAUGAAAAUAAUGGGAUGGAAAUUGGUUUGAUGACUGCAGAGACCCCAGGGGAGCUUGGCUCGCUACACACACUCCAAAUAUUGGAUACACUAAAUUACAGUAUCUGGGGAUAACAACGGUCAGAAAACAGGGGAGAGGGGCAUUCAGGAUACAAAAGAGCAGCCCCGUACAGAGUCCCUGUCUAAGCUCAGUGGAUCAUCUGGGGGAAACAAAUCAGUGUGGUUUAGUUUGGAACACAGAAAAGAAGACGGACGAUAUUUCAAACAACCAAACAAACAAUGACUACCUCGUCUGUUUCUCCUUACUUCAACACACAACCACCGUUCCACUCUCUCCAUCGUAUUCUCACUCUCCAACUUUCCACUUUUCUACAGUCUGCCAGACGACAACAACCGGCAGCUAGCUAAAGCGUGUGCAUGUGUGUGUGUGUGUGUGUGUGUGUGUGUGUGUGUGUGUGUGUGUGUGUGUGUGUGUGUGUGUGUGUGUGUGUGUGUGUGUGUGUGUGUGUGUGUGUGUGUGUGCAGGUUGCGAGUCGUCGCUGCUCUUCCCCAUGCGCUCGCGCCGCAUCUACGCGGCGGUGCUCCCCGGUGUGCCCCUCUCGCUCUCCGCCUUCACCGCCUGCCUGUGGGUGAAGCCCACCGCCGCCGCCGACGCCGCCCCCAACCGCACCGUGCUGCUCUCCUACGGGACGCGCCGCAACCCCUACGAGAUCCAGCUGCUCUUCAGCGGCAGCUCCGCCCUCUUCACCGUCGGCGGCGAGGCCCACCUGGUGGAGGGCCGGGGCGUGCUCAAGGCGGGCGGGCCCUCCGAGUGGCUCCACCUGUGCGGGGUCUGGAGCUCCCAGCAGGGACACGCCUCCCUCUGGGCCGACGGGAGGAAGGUGGCCUCCGCCCCCGGCGUGGCCGAGGGCCGGGUCCUGCCCGCCGGCGGCUCCCUCCAGCUGGGCCAGGAGCGGAACGGCUGCUGCCCCGGGUCUCCGGGCGGCUCGGGAGGAGCUGGAGGAGGAGCAGGAGGAGGAGGAGGAGGUAUUGGCAACGGGAGCGGGAUGUCGGGCUUCGAGGACGGGUUCGACCCCCGGCUGGCGUUCGCCGGGAAGAUGACGGGCGUCAACGUGUGGGACAGGGUGCUGUCCGAGGGGGAGCUGGCGAGCGUGGCGUCGCGGGACGGCCAUGGCUGCGGGCCCAGGGGGAACGUGGUGGCGUGGGCCGUGACGGAGAUGGUGCCCCACGGCGGAGCUCAGUUCAUCGACUGA